CUUACUCAUAAAAGACAUGUAGUAAACGUUUCAUUAGAGAUUCAAAAUGCAAACGUGACAUUGUUCCUUAGCCGAAGAGCCUAAGAGAAUAUGCUUAGCCAAAUGUAGCUGACAAAUCCAGAUUUAGUUUAGUAUCUCGGUUCCUUUCUCUAUAAAUCAUAUCAAUUCUUUACCAUGACAGGCAAAAUUCAGGUCUUAGGAGAGGACGUAACGAGUGUUCUCCUAACAUGGAGAACAAAGAUACGUUCCUGUGUGUUUGUGCUCUGUGGGCGGAGCAGGAAUUCCGAAAGCCCGGAACGAAGAAAACGCCACAAAACCUUUGAUAGACAGUCUGCGACAGGUGUGUUUGUUCAAGUUAAAGUUACUUCGUGUUGUGCUUUGGGUAGGCUAUUUAUGCACGAUGGCCGCAAUUUCGGUACUCUUUUUUUUGGAUUUUGUUCAAACCAAGUUUUGUUUAAUUUUUUCCGCUGUGUUUUUGACUCUAACCUACAUUUUAAAAUAUAAAUCUCCGAAAAACUUCCCACCAGGACCAUGGGCAUUGCCGUUUAUCGGUGACCUCCUUCGUAUUGAGCCUACAAAAAUUCAUUUUCAGUUGGCAAAGUUUGCUGAGCAAUAUGGUGACGUUUUUAGUAUCCAUUUGGGAACUAAGAUUGUUGUCCUAAAUGGCCUGAAACGAUUCAAGGAGGCCUUUAUUCAACAUGGUGAAAAUUUUGUGGAUCGGCCCUCAUUCCCAUUGGCUGAAGACAUCGUCCAUAACAAUGGUUUGGUUACCUCCAAUGGCUACGCGUGGAAGCAGCAGAGGAGGUUUGCUCUCAUGACGUUGAAGAACUUUGGAUUGGGCAAGAAGAGUCUUGAGCCUUCCAUCCAGGCAGAAACAAAAUGGCUGAGUGAGGCCUUGGGGAACGAACAAGGCCAACCAUUUGAUCCACAGUUUGUUAUCAACAACGCCGUCUCAAACGUUAUCUGUUGUCUGGUAUUUGGUGAUCGGUUUGAGUACACUGACAGACAAUUUCAAGAUCUGCUGAGGUUAAUAAAUGAAACCAUGUAUUUAGAAGGAAGCGGUUGGGCACAGCUAUACAACGCAUUUCCUCGGAUAAUGCGCAGGGUACCUGGUCCCCACAGAAAGAUAUUUGAACAUUGGGACAAAAUAAUCGCCUUUGCGAGGCUGAAAAUUAAGGAGCACAAGAAUGACUGGGACCCAUCAGCACCCAGAGACUAUAUUGACUGCUUCCUGGCUGAGAUGGAAAAGUGUAAAAAUGAUGUGGAUGCAGGGUUUAAUGAAGAGAACUUGUGUUUCUGCACUUUGGAUUUGUUUGUGGCUGGAACUGAGACCACAUCAACAACACUGAAUUGGGGCCUGUUGUUCAUGAUCAAAUACCCUGAUGUACAAGAAAAGGUGCAGGCAGAAAUAGACCAUGUGAUUGGGCAGUCACGGCUGCCCUCCGUGGCAGACAGACCCAACAUGCCCUACACUGAUGCUGUGAUCCAUGAGAUUCAGAGGAUGGGAAACAUUUUACCCCUGAAUCUGGCUCGUAUGGCCACCAAAGACACACAAAUGGGAGAAUACAUCAUACCAAAGGGUACAAUGGUGAUAGCAACUUUAAUGUCUGUGCUCUUUGAUGAGAGUGAGUGGGAGACUCCACACACCUUUAAUCCAGGACAUUUCCUGGAUGCCGAAGGGAACUUCAGAAGACGAGAUGCCUUCAUGCCAUUUUCAGCAGGUAAGAGGGUGUGUCUGGGGGAGCAGCUGGCUCGGAUGGAGCUGUUCCUCUUCUUCACCUCUCUCCUCCAGAGGUUCACCUUCUCUCCUCCCCCUGGAGUGGAGCCUAGCCUGGAGUACAGAAUGGGAGUCACACACUGCCCCAAACCUUACAAGCUCUGUGUUGUCCCCCGCACAGAUAUCGUAUCAAAGCUGGCACCCAGCUCCGAUAGGGUCAAAAAGAUUACCGUGGAAAACCAGGGCUUUCGUUUUCGGUCACACGUUGGAGCCGAAGUAAAACAUGAGAUGCAUGAGAAUGCAUAUAAGCACAUGAAUGCAUAUGCAUGUGUAGGCCAGCUUUUCCUUUAUGUGUUAGACUCCAUGGUCUUGGAGUCACACAAGAACGGGCAGAGCUUUCUGGGUGCAGAGAAGAGCAAUUUUGCUGAGCAAUAUGGUGACAUUUUUAGUAUUAAUUUUGGAUCGAGGAUUGUUGUCCUAAAUGGCCUGAAGCUAUUCAAAGAAGCCUUUAUUCAACAUGGUGAAAAUUUUGUCGAUCGGCCGGCAUUGCCAUUGAUCGAUGACAUCGUCCAUAACAACGGUUUGGUUGCCUCCAAUGGCUACGCGUGGAAGCAGCAGAGGAGGUUUGCUCUCAUGACGUUGAAGAACUUUGGAUUGGGCAAGAAGAGUCUUGAGCCUUCCAUCCAGGCAGAAACAAAAUGCCUGAGUGAGGCCUUGGGGAACGAACAAGGUCAACCGUUUGAUCCACAGUUUGUUAUCAACAACGCCGUCUCAAACAUUAUCUGUUGUCUGGUGUUUGGUGACCGGUUUGAGUACACUGACAGACAAUUUCAAGAUCUGCUGAGGUUAAUAAAUGAAGCCGUCUAUUUAGAAGGAAGCGGUUGGGCACAGCUAUACAACAUAUUUCCUUGGAUAAUGCGCAGGGUACCUGGUCCCCACAGAAAGAUAUUUGAACAUUGGGACAAGGUGAUCGCCUUUGUGAAGCUGAAAAUUAAGGAGCACAAGAAUGACUGGGACCCAUCAGCACCCAGAGACUAUAUUGACUGCUUCCUGGCUGAGGUGGAAAAGUGUAAAAAUGAUGUGGAUGCAGGGUUUAAUGAAGAGAACUUGUGCUUCUGCACUUUGGAUUUGUUUGUGGCUGGAACUGAGACCACAUCAACAACACUGAAUUGGGGCCUGUUGUUCAUGAUCAAAUACCCUGAUGUACAAGAAAAGGUGCAGGCAGAAAUAGACCAUGUGAUUGGGCAGUCACGGCUGCCCUCCAUGGCAGACAGACCCAACAUGCCCUACACUGAUGCUGUGAUCCAUGAGAUUCAGAGGAUGGGAAACAUUUUACCCCUGAAUGUGGCCCGUAUGGCCACCAAAGACACACAAAUGGGAGAAUACAUCAUACCAAAGGGCACAAUGGUGCUAGCAAUGUUAAUGUCUGUGCUCUUUGAUGAGAGUGAGUGGGAGACUCCACACACCUUUAAUCCAGGACAUUUCCUGGAUGCCGAAGGGAACUUCAGAAGACGAGAUGCCUUCAUGCCAUUUUCAGCAGGUAAGAGGGUGUGUCUGGGGGAGCAGCUGGCUCGGAUGGAGCUGUUCCUCUUCUUCACCUCUCUCCUCCAGAGGUUCACCUUCUCUCCUCCCCCUGGAGUGGAGCCUAGCUUGGAGUACAAAAUGGGAAUCACACACUGCCCCAAACCUUACAAGCUCUGUGUUGUCCCCCGUUGAGCACAGGUUUGUAUAGCAUACACAAACAAAUUUAGAUUUAACUGGAAAAUCAAGUUCCAUUAAGAUCUUCUAUUGACAAACAUAAGUUCCUCACACAAAAAAAUGCAAUGAUAACGGUAAUUCUUUUAGGAAAAAAUUGGUUCAUUUUUCAUUCAUUGGUUCAUGGUUCAUUUAAUUGAAACCUCAAAUAAUGUUUUUUUCUCAUACUGUAUAAUUCUUUAUUACAUGCAUACUAUUUUACUAGACUGAAUGAUACCUUUUGGAGAGGAUGAAUCUGUUUGGCGUUCUUAAUGAUUAAAUCAUUAUUCUUUAGUAUAAUAUAAAAGCUUUUGAUAAAGAGUUUUCCCAGAUACUGAAAAUAGAAUUAUAACCUGUUCAGUCUCUAAAAAGCUGCUUCAAGCUGCAUUUGCUCUUACUUCCACACAAUUCACUGUUUCUUAUGCUGUGGAAGUACGUUGUUCAUGUGGCUUUAUCUUGCUGAUAUGGCACUACUGCUUAGUGCGAAUCUGUAAAUUCUAUGUUGUAUACAUAUGUGAAAUGGAAUGUCAUUACAAAAUGAUUUGUGUUUAAGCAUUGGUAAGGGAAUGGAUAUGUAUACAAACAAAUGUUUACGCAUGUCCAUAUUAGUGCAUGUAUUUAGAAUAUUUUUGACUCUUUGAAUGAACAUUUUUCAUAAACUCUUCUAGAGUUUAAAUUUUGCUUUUGAAAUGUUUAACAAAUUUUGACCCCAGGCUCUGUAACUGUAUAUAUAUAAAAAAUACAACAUACAACCUUUUAA